GUAGCGUAAGGUUUGCAAUCCUUCCACUUGCUGGCAGUUGCAGAAGAUCUGCUUUUAAGUGAAUCGUACGUGCCACCCCUCCGAGGGCUGCGGCUUCCACGGGCUCGCUGAUUUGCUUCCUCUUAGCAAGCCCUCGCGCUCACUCUUUAAUCCGCGCUCGCCCUAAGUUUGCCGAGAGCUUGCUGCCCACUCGGAGCAGGGUCCCGGCCAGGCGCUGCGGGCGGGGGCGGGGAGCCAGGGAACCGCAAUCCAGAAGCAUCGGGGGCCAUGUAUAUUUCAUCAAACGGACUUUGGGUACGUCGCGGCUCGCAGGCUUCCGCGCUCUGGGCGGUGACAUUUCUGACUUGAGUGGAGGAAUGCUCGCAGGAAGCCCAGGCGUCGAAACUGGAACUAGAGGAUCUUCUUGGCGCCAAUGCUAAUUGUCCUGAUUUAUGCCCCUUCUGACUAAGCUCAACGUCUUCAUCUGAAAUAAAAUGAAAGCGGUGCCAAGCGGGAUAGAACCGCCUGGCCGCUGGUUCUGAUCCCCAAGAAUCAGAAAAUCGUCCUGCGGCUUAAAAGAAAGAAAGAAAGAAACAGAAAAAGAAAAAAGAAAAACAGAGAGAAAGAGAGAAAAAGAAAAAAAAAGAAGUAGAAAAAAAAAGAAAACAAUCCCUCAGUAAAAGUUUAAGGCGAGGGAAGUGGCAGAGCAGUGGCGCGGGGAGGCGCGGAGGACAGCCAGCGAGCAGGGCACUGGGCUGGCCGGACUGGGAAGGCUGCGAUUUCAUUAUUAACAUCAGUAUAUUUUUGGAGGGAGAGGCACCUUUCUCAUCCUCUCCUCCUCUCCGCCCACCCCUGCUCCCUCCCCCUCGUCUACCUGUCAAAGUCACUGAUCUUUUGCAUUUCGGAAGAGAACGUCAACGGGAAGGAAUUCCCCUCUCGGUGCCGGCUCGGAGAGGGGGCGACGCGCGCGAGGCUCCCCCGGGGGCCGAGGCGAAGGGUGUUGGUGCCAGAAGAAAAGAAUGAUUGACGGGAAACAGAUACCGGCCGCCGGACACUCACCCGUUUGCUUCAGAUGCUGAUAUCCCAGCGCACCUUAGCACCCCCCAUGAGCUGUGCCCAGUGAGGAUCACUCAGGGUUACCGGCUGCACGACAGGAGAGCCAUCACAUUGCUAAGUUAUUAUCUGCGACUGGACAUCUUUUGCAAAAUCCAAACUAGACCUGAGUUUAUUUCAUAGCUAUGUUUUAGGACACAGGAAAAGCUGCAAGUUGUUGUUAACGCCUAACACCCAAGCAUGUUAGGCUUCCACCAAAGUCCUCAAUAAACCUGACCACGCACAAUAUCCUCACCCUUCAUGUUUGGUUUUGGAAUCUGCUUUGAAAGCCCAUGCUCUGUUUUGUUUUGAUAUACAGACCUACCUACAUAUAGACAUCAUCUAUACAUAUAUGCAUCUGUAAAAUAGAACAACAGACCACAAAGCAAACUGCUUUAGUUUCCUCGAAGAUUGUAAAGGAUUUAGAGAUGUAUUUGUCAAGGUUCCUCUCGAUUCACGCCCUCUGGGUUACAGUGUCCUCGGUGAUGCAGCCCUACCCUCUGGUGUGGGGACAUUACGAUGUGUGUAAGACUCAGAUUUACACAGAAGAAGGGAAAGUUUGGGAUUACAUGGCCUGUCAGCCAGAAUCCACGGACAUGACAAAAUACCUGAAAGUGAAACUGGAUCCUCCGAAUAUUACCUGUGGAGACCCUCCUGAGACGUUCUGUGCAAUGGGUAACCCCUACAUGUGCAAUAAUGAGUGUGAUGCAAGCACCCCAGAGCUGGCACACCCCCCAGAGCUGAUGUUUGAUUUUGAAGGAAGACAUCCCUCCACAUUUUGGCAGUCUGCCACUUGGAAGGAGUAUCCCAAGCCUCUCCAGGUUAACAUCACUCUAUCUUGGAGCAAAACCAUUGAGCUCACAGACAACAUAGUUAUUACCUUUGAAUCGGGGCGUCCAGACCAAAUGAUCUUGGAGAAGUCUCUCGAUUAUGGACAAACAUGGCAGCCCUAUCAGUACUAUGCCACAGACUGCUUAGACGCCUUUCAUAUGGACCCUAAAUCCGUGAAGGAUUUAUCACAGCACACGGUCUUAGAAAUAAUUUGCACAGAAGAGUACUCCACAGGGUAUACAACAAAUAGCAAAAUAAUCCACUUUGAAAUCAAAGACAGGUUCGCGUUUUUUGCUGGACCUCGGCUACGCAAUAUGGCUUCCCUCUACGGACAGCUGGAUACAACCAAGAAACUCAGAGAUUUCUUUACAGUCACAGACCUGAGGAUAAGGCUGUUAAGACCAGCCGUUGGGGAGAUAUUUGUAGAUGAGCUACACUUGGCACGCUACUUUUACGCGAUCUCAGACAUAAAGGUGCGAGGAAGGUGCAAGUGUAAUCUCCAUGCCACUGUGUGUGUGUAUGACAACAGCAAAUUGACAUGUGAAUGUGAGCACAACACUACAGGUCCAGACUGUGGGAAAUGCAAGAAGAAUUAUCAGGGCCGACCUUGGAGUCCAGGCUCGUAUCUCCCCAUCCCCAAAGGCACUGCAAAUACCUGUAUCCCCAGUAUUUCCAGUAUCGGUAAUCCUCCAAAGUUUAAUAGGAUAUGGCCGAAUAUUUCUUCCCUUGAGGGUUCUAACCCAAAACAAGUUGCUCCCAAAUUAGCUUUGUCAACAGUUUCUUCUGUUCAAGUUGCAAACCACAAGAGAGACUGCGAAUGCUUCGGCCACUCCAAUCGAUGCAGUUAUAUUGAUCUGCUAAAUACGGUCAUUUGCGUGAGCUGUAAACACAACACUAGAGGGCAGCACUGUGAGCUGUGCAGGCUGGGCUACUUCAGAAACGCUUCUGCACAGCUGGACGAUGAGAAUGUGUGCAUAGAGUGUUAUUGUAACCCUUUGGGCUCAAUCCAUGAUCGUUGUAAUGGCUCAGGAUUUUGUGAGUGUAAGACUGGAACAACAGGGCCUAAGUGUGAUGAGUGUCUGCCGGGAAAUUCCUGGCACUACGGCUGUCAACCGAACGUCUGCGACAACGAGCUGCUGCACUGCCAGAACGGAGGGACGUGCCACAACAACGUGCGCUGCCUGUGCCCGGCCGCGUACACCGGCAUCCUGUGCGAGAAGCCGCGCUGCCAGGAGGCGGGCGGCUGCGGCUCGGGCGCCGGCCGGGGCGCGCCCCCUCCCGGCGGCCCCGCGCUGCUGCUGCUGCCGCUGCUGCUGCCCGCGCUGCUGGGCCCCGCCGGCCCCCCGGGCUUCUAGGCUUCGCGUCCAGCCACCGCCAGGCCGCUACCGUGGGGAAGCAACCACAACCCGAGCAUUUGCAACUAACAUAGGAAACACACACGCGCACACAGACAGCCCCACUCCAACAGUGUACAAACUAAGACGGCCUAACCGAACUAAGCCAUAUCUAUCAGCCGUGGACAGCACAUCCCAGUCAAGACUGUUAAUUUUCUGACUCCAGAGGAGUUGGCAGCUGUUGAUAGUAUCACCGCAAAUCACAUCGCCAGCUGCAGAGCAUACUGUGGAUUGGAAAGGCUGUGACAGCCCCUCCCCCCCAAAAAAAACCCCAACUAAUCAACCAAUGUAAAAACAUUUGCUACUCUGUAAGUGGUGCGCCCUCGUGCCACUCUGCCCAGUGCGUGGACCAACCAAAUAGCAGCCUUUGCUGUCGGCUGCAUCGUGGGUAUAAGGAAAUCUGUUACAAGCUGCCAUAUUGGCCUGCUUCAGCCCCUGACCCCCUUUUCCAACCUGUGCUUUAGUGAACGUUGCUCUGUAACCCUUGUUGGUUGAAAGAUUUCUUUGUCUGAUGUUAGUGAUGCACACGUGUAACAGCCCCCCUCCAAAAGCGCAAACCAGUCAGACCCGUGUAUAUCUUAGCGGCACUGAGCCCUCCCAGUGCGAGCACACGCCCACUGCACAAGAGUGGCUAUAGGAAAAAAAGAAAGUGUAUCUAUCCUUUUGUAUUCAAAUGAAGUUAUUUUUCUUGAAAUACUGUAAUAUGUAGAUUUUUUGUAUUAUUGCCAAUUUGUGUUACCAGACAAUCUGUUAAUGUAUCUAAUUCCAAUCAGCAAAGACUGACAUUUUAUUUUGUCCUUUUUUUGGUUCUGUUUUGUUUCAUUGUGCAGAGAUUUCUCUGUAAGGGCAACGAGCGUGCUGGCAUCAAAGAAUAUCAGUUUACAUAUAUAACAAGUGUAAUAAGAUUCCACCAAAGGACAUUCUAAAUGUUUUCUUGUUGCUUUAACACUGGAAGAUUUAAAGAAUAAAAAUUCCUGCAUAAAC